AUGAGUCUUCCACUUCAUGUAGAAGUAGUUAAAAAGAAAGGGAGUUUUAUGAAUAAAAAUAUUUUAAAAGUAUUAGUGCAUAAUUUUUUAUCAAAUUUCAAUACUUUGACUCCUGGUGCAACAUUAGAUAAUAGUGAUCUAGAGGAAAAUGUGCAACUUUUUGAACAUGUGCAGUCUAUUACAAUUUGUGACGUAGAACAUGAUUCCGAAGUGGUUACAAGUGAAACUGAACUCUUGUACCAUGUGUACACACUGGACUCUUUCGGUGCUGAAACCGACACUAUGAGUGAUAAUUCUUCCGGCGAGGAGCUCUCUGUAGCCGAUGUAUGGGCUCUUCCGGCCAAAGAGUUCCACGGUUUGUGGGAAAAUCUCAUAUACGACUCAAAGCUUAAGGAAGAUACGUUGCGAUUCGUAGAGACUGCUUUCGAUUUCGCUGAUCGCGGCGUGGACCCUAACAUCGUCAGCUGGAAUCGCGUAGUACUGUUACACGGUCCGCCCGGCACGGGCAAAACCAGUUUGUGUCGUGCGCUGGCUCAGAAGCUGGCCAUCCGUCUCUCGGAUAGGUUUCCUCGGGCGCGUCUGUUCGAGAUCAACGCGCACGGCAUCUUUUCUAAAUGGUUCUCAGAGAGCGGUAAGCUCGUGGCGAAGCUUUUCGAGCGCAUCCGCGAGAUACUCGAAGAUCCGCAGCUGCUCGCGUGCAUCCUCGUGGACGAGGUGGAGUCGCUAACGCACGCGCGGCGCGCGGCGCUCGCCGGCCUGGAACCGUCGGACUCGAUCCGCGCCGUGAACGUGAUCCUGACGCAGCUGGAUCGACUGAAGCGGCAGCCGAACGCGCUCGUGCUGACAACUUCGAACGUGACGGGGGCGAUCGACGUGGCGUUCGUGGACCGCGCGGACAUCAAGCGGCUGGUGAGCCCACCGUCGGAGCGCGCGGCGUACGAGAUCCUGCGUGGCUGCUGCGACGAGCUGAUGGCGCGCGGGGCGGUGGUGCCGCGCGAGUCGCUGUUCCCGCUGCGCGUGCUGGAGGCGGCGCGUUUCGUGGAGAGCGACGGCUCGCGCGCCAGUCUGCGCCUGCGUGAGCUGGCGUGCGGCGCGGCGGCGGCGGGCGCGUCGGCACGCGCGCUCCGCCGCCUGCCGCUCAUGGCGCGCGCGCUAUUGCCCGGCGCCGAACCGCCUGCGCUGCCAAGCUUCCUCGAUGCGCUGCACGCCGUGCUGGCGCAGCAACUACUCGACGCUAGGGACAUCUGCCACAGCCCCACUCCCGCAUCACCAGCUUCCUAA